CAGAGGAGGAAAACCCCCUCCCUGUUGUGGAAGAAACUUUCUCUGCUCCAGGAUCCCAUCAAGGCAGCAACAACAAGGUAUACACCAUGGUGGAUUACUAUGAAGCACUCGGGGUGCCCCGCAAUGCAUCUCCAGAUGACAUCAAAAAAGCAUACAGGAAGAAAGCGCUGAAGUGGCACCCGGAUAAAAAUCCAGAUAACAAAGAAUACGCCGAGCAGAAGUUCAAGGAGAUUGCAGAGGCCUAUGAAGUGCUGUCAGACAAGAACAAGCGUGAAGUCUAUGACCGCUAUGGCAAAGAAGGACUCAUGGGUGCUGGUGGACCCAGUGGAUCCAGGGCUGGCCCAGGGAUGCCUGAAUACACCUUCACUUUCCGCAGCGCUCGUGAUGUCUUCCGAGAUUUCUUUGGGGGACAGGAUCCUUUUGCUGACUUUCUUGUUGAUGAUAUGUCCCCAUUCUCAGACAUGCAUAGAAGUGGACCUCGACAUCCUGCAGCAGGAUCAUUCUUUUCAUCCUUUGCAGCAACACCAGAAUUCUUUCCUUCCGGUCUUGGGUCGGGCAUCAAUAUGGGAAUGGGCUUCCGCUCCAUCUCCACAUCCACUAAGUUCAUCAAUGGCAAGCGCAUCACUACCAAAAGGAUCGUCGAAAAUGGGCAGGAGAGGGUGGAAGUGGAAGAAAAUGGGGAGCUGAAAUCUGUUCAUAUUAAUGGGGUUCCAGAUGAUUUGGCGUUAGGCUUGGAGCUGAGCCGACGGGAGCAGCAGCAAGCUCUCCAAAACCGCAAGUCUUCAACUCCUCCUCCGUGGACACCAGUUCAACCCUCGCCUCCUAAACGCCCACCUCGUAGUUCAUCCCCUGUGAUCUUGUACACGGACAGUGAGGAGGACGAUGAGGAUCUGCAGCUGGCCAUGGCCUACAGCCUGUCUGAGAUGGAGGCCAAGGGCCAGCACAGAGCAGACCCUGAUGGACAGGCAUAUUCUGUCUGACGCCCCUCCAUGCUGCCUCCCUGCAGGUGUGUUCUGAGUCUGGAAGAGCUGUGGGGAUUGCCUCUCUAGCGUUCGUGCUCACAGAAGGCUACUCAAGCCUGGACUUCGCUUUCUAUCCCCUCCCUGAGCCCUGCCCUGGGGAUUGGCAGGCUCCAAGUGUGUGACUUCCUCUCCCAUUAGUUCUCUCUCUGCGGCAGGUCAUUUAGCAGCCAGUAGCUCAUGAGUCAGGCUGAGCGCACAGCCUCUUGUCUGUGCUGGUAGCUAUGCUGCUGCUCCUGACUUAACACUGCUCGAGGCAUUCUCCAUUUUCUAUUACCCUCUUCCCUGUCCAAGAGAGGAGCCUGAGGCACGGCUGAAGAAGAAGGAUCUGGCUAUGAGGCAGGACGAAUGUGAAGCAGCCAUGGGAUAGUAGUGGGCAUAGAAGAGAAGCCACUGACUAAGCAAGGCUGCAUCCUUGCCCUCUUUGGCUUUGGGAGGGAUUCAGUGUGUGCACUGCUGGACUAUUCAUGUUUCUACAGGUGUGAGGCUGGGGGUUUCAAGAAACAAAUGAAGGAAAGGACGGGCUUCUGUCAAGGGCUAUAAACCAGGCUCUCCCUCUGUGCAGCAGGGAAUUUUUCUCAGUAUGCAUUGCAGAGUGAGAGAAAAGGAUGGCAUUAGUCUCUUUCCACAGAAAGACAGCUGCAGACCUAACCUUUCUCCCUUUGGAGGAAAGCCCUUCCCUGGAAGUAACAGAGUUCCAUUAAUACAAGCCUGCUCUACAAGUCUGUAAUCCUGAGGUGGGGAAAAGAGGGAGAGGGACUGAUCUCUUUUGUAACUGAAGUGCUUGCCCAGUGUAGAAUGAAAGAUGUUGUCAAUAAACUUCUUUACAAUUAA